CAUUAUUUAGUAUCUCUGUCUAGGCACACUGUGCUUUAUCAAGAAAGAAAAUGAAAUAAAGGGAGAGGCGAUGAAGCGGUCUUGUUACUUAUUCGUCUAUAUUUUAAGUUGUCCUCAGAGGGCAAAAGGGAAAGAAAAGGCGGAAGUGCCAGAGUUAAUUAGUAAGGCGUGAGUCCCCAGAGGCGUAGGGCCACUGCGAGCUGCGACGAAGGCGAUCCUGGCUGAAGACACGCACAAGGCAGCUCGGCACAAAGGGACGGACUUGCGAGCAUUUCCGUUCACAGAAGAGCAUCUUCAAGCUCCUCCGCGUUCUCAAGUUAUCCUGUUCGGCAUUUUUCACGUUCUGCAUUUCCUUGGAUUAUUUAACGUAUUCCAGGUAUCGGGGUCGCGCUUCCUAUCACACGCACACACACAACCUGCAAUUUGAUCGUAUCCCUCUGGAAUACACGUGAGGAACCGCAACCUUUCCAACGGGGACGGAGAAUGCACGUCUGAGGUUUUUCUUUCGACUCCAAACUAUUUCAAGCAAGGGAUGCCUUUUUUUAACUAGUGCACUUGGCAAAUCUUUUCUCAAUGUAGGACUUUAAGAGAGACGCUGCAGAAGGAGACGGCUUCAUGCAUUAAAACUUCAGCAAUUUGGAUCUCCAUCGGUAUCGGGCAGCAUUUACUGGGGAAAAAUAAAAAGUGUCACUUUCUCUUCAGACUGGUAAAAGUUCUUUGUACUUUUGUCCGUUAUUUUGAUCAGUCAUAUAGGAAAUUGUGAUAAUAAUGCAUUAUAAAUUACUCCACUUUCCUACCUCUUUUAAAACAUUAUCUUUUUUUAAUCCAGGGGAAAAUAGAAACUUUCUGGCGGCUUUUACAAGCCCUGAUUUCUGUAAAAUCUGCUUAUGAAGAAUGAAUUAUUUAACACCCACGGUCCAGCAAUUAAAAGAUUGUAUUGCCUGCCGCCACGUUCACUUAUCUUCAAAAGGACCUUGCAAUCAAAGGAAGUGAUUAUAAUCAUUAAAGCAGAAAGAAAGCAACCUCGGUGGAAGGAGUGCAAACAUUCAUUUAGAAGAUGUGCUCAAACAAGUCAACACUAAUAAUUAGGAUAUUGGAGUCAAGGGGGCGAUGUUUGUGAUGUGAGUAUAAUCAAGCACAAUAGGAUUAUUUUUUGUUGGGGAUUAACACAAUCAAGUGGAAUAUAAUUAUGAAGUAUGAGUUAUAUGCCCCGGGGGGAAUCAGUACCUUUGUGAAAAUUUUGAAAACAUAAAUAAUAUCAAACUUACGCAACUGAAAAAUGCCGACCGGCGUCACACAAAAGUCUCAUCUAAGUGCGGCCAUGUGACAAACGAGAUGCGGUUCUCCGGUUCAUCAGGUGCUGGGACACUUUCUUUGUUUUACUUUAUUUAAAACUUGUUUUACAUUCAAUACCUACGAUCAAGCACGGAAUGAAAAAUUCUAAACCAUGAUGGAUUAUCGGCAGCGUUUCCUUCUCUGUGCGUUUACUUACUUGUAGAUUUGGGCAGAGGUCAGAUCAGCAUGCCUACAAAAAUUGAACCUUACUUUCAAAUAUCUUUGUAAAUUACUUUCGCACACUUCUUUAUUAUUUUUAGUUAACAAAUAUUUUAGUAAAUACAGGACUUGUUCACAUGCUACUUGCGAUAUCGCUGGAAGACUGAUGAUGUGCACCGUUAUCUCUUGGAAUCCAAGCGGCCGUGUGUAAGUGCCGUCGGAAAAAGCGAGGUGCUUCAGACAUGAAAGGAGAAUCCCUCUGCCAAAAAGCUGGUACCUUAUUCAAUUAAGCACACAGCAAACUACUCAUUUCGGCACCUCAUCCCAAACAGACGUGGAUGGUACUUGCGAAAGAAACGGAAGGAGCUGCAGGGAUCUUAAAAGAAGGCACCGCAACGGAGUGAAUCAAGAAAAGCCGGUUUUCUCCUAGGCUCUACAGCAACAUCAAGUACUUGACAUGGCCCCUCCUCCUCCUGCCAAUAAACCUCAUGUCUGCAUGUCAGCUAUUGUAAUCAUGUCUACCAUGGCAGCUAUGGAUGUUUAUCUAGUUGAACAGAAUUUGGGACCAAAGAAGAUUGGAGUGUGCAUUAUGGUGCUAGUGGGGGAUCUGUGUUUCCUUAUUGUCCUGAGAUAUGUGGCUGUAUGGGUGGGUGCUGAAGUAAGAACAGCAAAAAGGGGAUAUGCGAUGAUCCUUUGGUUCCUGUAUAUUUUUGUGCUGGAGAUCAAACUUUAUUUUAUCUAUCAGAAUUACAAAUCAGACAAGCGAGUUCCGGAUCCCUUAGCAAGAAAAACUCUUACAUUACUUCUUUCCAUUUGCAUCCCAUCACUUUUUAUCAUCCUGGUAGCAACUGACCACAUGGAAUACGUCCGUGCCUUUCGCAAAAAGGAGGACCUGAGAAACCGUCUUUUUUGGGUAGUUAUAGAUCUCUUAGAUGUUCUUGAUAUUCAAGCUAACCUCUGGGAACCACAAAAAAAAGGUCUGCCUUUGUGGGUGGAAGGACUGAUGUUUUUUUACUGUUACAUCUUGCUCCUGAUCCUUCCUUGUGUUUCCCUGAGUGAAAUCAGCAUGCAGGGAGAAAAUAUCAUUCCUCACAAGAUGAUGGUUUAUCCAGUCCUAAGCUUGGUCACAAUCAACAUUGUGACACUCUUUAUCCGUGGUGGAAAUAUGCUUUGGUAUCAGGAUCCAAGAGUAUCUACUGUAUUUCUUGGGAAGAAUGUCCUGGCAAUCAUAAUCAAGACCUGCACAGUACUCCAGUAUCAACGGCACCUUAUGGAUGCUUCUCAAGGAAUGGGAUCCGAACUUAAUCAGAAUUCUCUAAGCCAGAACAAUACAAACCCGGGCUCCCUCACAGUUUCGCAUAACCAGACACCAAAUCAUACUCUUUCAAAUGGGGAUAACUCAGAAGACUCUAUUGGCCCCUCGUUCAUUUCUAGGGAAAUGUAGACUCUGUAUUUCCUGAUCACUGCUGAGAAGAGACAUACUACAAGGCUUUCAUUUAUAGUACUACACUUUUUCCUCUUGGUAUCACAAGUAAGAGUGUACUGGCAAAGUCCAGUAUGUUCACUGGUCAACAAAUUAUGAACUACUCAAAAAAGAUUCUAAACAUCAGUAUCUGUACUAUGUUACUAACUUUACAAUUAAAAGGAAUAUGGAAUUUCUACAAAGAUAAGUGAUAAAUAUAUUCAGUAUCCUAAUAAUCAUUACAAACAAUCAAAAACAA